AUGCCCUCACUCACUCUAACAGACCCGGACAUGAUCCUACCAUACGAAGUCGAACGCGAAUCCCAAACUCCUUCCCCACCCCAAAUCGCGUACUUCAACUCCCGCAACCAAUCGGAUCCCAAUGCCUCCAUGUCGGCAUCCAGUCGACAGAAGAAAAAUUUUUCCCGUCAUGCAUGGACACACGAAGACGUGAAUGUCAGUCGCCGUCUCUCAGAUAUCGGCGAGGAGCUCUCGCCCGCCAGAUUGGAGGGAUUCGGCGACUCGGAUGAGCAAGAGCUAGCCAGCUCACCGCUAUUACGUGGGCAGGAUGAUCCAAACAGGGAGUGGAGUAGCUCCAAUUCCACAAUCAGUGCGGGGAGCAGACGCGCUUCCGCUUCCAGGGAUGUGUCCGAGGCGCAAAACGGACGCGACGAAUCUCCCGUUCACCCCGAGGUCGCGAGAGCGCAAGCUACCGCGGUCAUUGGAACUGCAGGGGGCUCUUCCGUGCCUGCUAGUAGCGCGGUGGCGUCUGCGGCUGCAGAGGGCAAGGGGCCCGGGGAGGAGUUUUCCUCGGCGAUACUGAGUAGCGAGGCGGAAAGGAUUUUGGAGAAUGCGAAGAAACGCUUGAAUCUUAUGGAGAACAAUCUCACUCGAGCUCGGUCGACGACGCCGCGGACGACCUCAUCGCCCUCAUCGCCCUCGCCCUCGAAUUCGGGCUAUAUCCAGCCGAUGGGUUUGCACCAGCCUGUGGGUGUACUAUAUCGGUCGAUUUCGCGCACGGAUCCUAAGAGCUUUUCGCUUCGACGGCAGUCGUUUAUUACGUCGCAGGAUACGACGAAUAAUCGUCAUUCAAGGGGUCAGUCUGAGACGAUUGUUCCGUCGGAUUCGAGCUUCUCGAAUGAUGACAAGCAAGUUUCGCGCUCUGUCAGUGCAAUGGGCGCGAGCACUUCGUCCAGUCUUCAUACUGAUGAUCGGUCGUUCCACUAUGCACCUACGAGGGCGUAUCUGACGCACCGAUCAUCGAUUUCUUCUACCCAGCCUCCGAUACAUGUGCAAGAGGAGAAGGAGGGCCAAGGGGCGCAAUCGCCUGCUUUCACCGAAGACAGUUCGUCGGGCUCGCCACAUGGCUUGGGCAUUUCCUCGGAGGAGGAAUCGAAAUCGAGCCCGGAUGGUUUCAGUCCAGUCUACAGCUCCUUUGGUCCCCCUAGCCGCGCGCAGUCGCAACUGCAGGUGCGGGAUCUCCAGUAUCAGAUGAAGGGGCUUCACAUCAAAAUCUCUUCUCUGAAGGUGAAGAAUCAGGAGGACAAUCUUCGCCGGCGUAGUUUGCAAAGCCUGCGAACGCCCAGCCCCUUGACGGCCGCCGAUCACUGGUAUGCGAAUGCGCUGGAGCUCAGAGAUGGCCAGAGCAGUCGUGGCUCCAAUCCCCGACGUGAAGCCAGCUCUGAAAACACUCGGGAUGUCUCGAAUGAGAUAGCGGCGGAAGAUCGACGCAGAUCCGCCGAGCACGCUGCUGGAAAUGCAUCCAAGCACGCCGAGAAUUGGCAGGGCAAUGAGCCUGACUAUGGCGAUGACCAAUCUAUCGCCGAGACCAUGUACGAAGAUGCCGAAGAAGGUGAUUUUAAUGAGGAAAUUGACCGCGAAGCUCUGGAUGAGAUCUUACGUGAACCGCUUGACGAUGACCUCGAAAGCGACAUGGAAGUCUUCCCUAACGUGCCGUCGCACACGGACGCGACGCCCCACGAGCUGCGCGAGGAUGCGUUCGACUAUGAGCAUUUCAUCUUGCAUAGUGCACUGGGCAACUACACCCAGCAACUCCGCCGAGUAAGCAACAGCUCGAACGGAUCAGUGGAGACAACCCGGCCCGCAUACACAAAGCGGCACUCCCGUAACAACAGCAACAUGUCCGUCUCGACCGUGGCAACCUUCGCCACCGCAAACGAAGGCGAGCGUCCCGAUGACGAGGAUGACGUUGACAGCGUGAUGUACUGGGACCGACGGUUUAACCAUGAGCUGCGACACGGACAUAGCCAUAGCCAUUCCCAAUCUCAUACUCACCACAGCUACCAGCCAAGUCCAAUCCAAGAGAUCGAGGCUGAGAAUGACCGCUCCGAAACACCCCGUGGACCACGGCACCACACCAAUUCACUGGACCCAAACAACCUUUCCCCUCAGAAGCAUACUGGCCGCUCAUCCUCAGCCACGGCCGGUUCUGCAACCCCGACCUCUCUUGUCUCGUCCCUCGUCUCCACCGUGCGCGCGGCAUCCAGCACCCCCAGUGUCGGUGGCAUCAACGAUGAUGACACACAGAUGCUGGAAGCACUGUUCGCCAGCCUUGGUAAAGUCUGUAUGGAUCUGCAGGCAAUCACGAGCUCUGCGGACCCCGAUGAAAAGGCUGCGCGGGUGCUGCGGCGUCGUCUGGAUGCUGCACGCAGAGUGCUAGAGGGAGAGCUUGAUGCUUGA